AUGCUCAAGAACAUCGUCUCCAGAAACUUUGUUUACCAAUCAAGCAAGGUGCGUCAAUUGUACACAAACUUGCCUAAAUCCAAUGAAGGUGGAAAGGUAUUCAAUAACCGCGAAAGGGCUGCCGAAGGUGUAUGGGCGCGUCAAAUGAACGAACAGGAACUGGAAAAGCUUCACGACCGAUUGAUGGAGCAGCAAAAGACGCUGCAAGACACCCAAAACAAGCUAUCUGAACUAAGAGAUAGUCUCACCAACAACCCAAAGGGCAGCAAAUGA